GUCGCCCUCUCGUCUCUCUGGUAUUCCCUCGAUAUGUCGCAGCUCCGCCGGCCGAAUUUCUUGAAGAACUGGUUCGCCGUUGAGGCAACCCCCAUCUACGCUAUCGUUGGCGCCGUUGUUGUUGGUGCGGGCUGGUACUUGACGCGCCUCGCGCGUGGCCCCGAAGUUGUCUGGACGAAGGACAACCCGACCCCCUGGAACACCAUCAAGCCCGACGAGAACACCAAGAUGCUUACUGUCAACCAACACUUCGAGAAGAGCUGGGAAAGGAAGAAGCUUUGAAACGCCUCUACCUGUAUCGGGUCGGCCUCGGAGUUCAGAAACCGAUAUACUUAUCCUGUACUAUCGACGCGCCCACAAUUCCACAAGUAAUCUGCCUUUAUGCCAGGAGCUUACGUGUCGUUGGCCCUGUGUUCACGAGCGCGUCUUAACCUGGUUUCAUGGUCAUGCAAUAGACACGUUCAAGGCGAGGAAUGGAUUGUAAGUGUGCUCACUACAAGAGGCAUUAUCACCGAGGGUGAUAGGUAGUGCAGCAAUGUGGCCUGCGCAAUGCGGUUAGGGGCGCUCGUUGAGUAGCCGCACCCGAAGCAUUGCGGUGCACAAGUAGCCUGCAGGCCUCGGGGUCACAAUUAGCCUGUGACCAUAUUUAAAGGCUCACGAAGAACAAAAUCAGCAGAAAUUGCUUUGUACUGCACCAAGCAUGCAACCGUCCCACAUACGUGCGGCCAUACAACACACUCGACUAUUUUUCCUAGGCCAGCCGCCCGCACAGAAGUGCAACUACGGUACUUGUCCCUACACCGGGAAAGCUUAUGACGUGCGAUUUGCACCGAGUCCGGAUCCCCAGCCGCCUCGAACAUCGAGUAGCCCGCCAGCUACGUGUCCCUGACCCGUCACCCCAUCGCCUCGAAUGACGCCGCGUCGUCGUACGACAACUUGACCUGCGUGACGUUGUGGAUGCACGGCAUUUGUGCGCAAUCAUCGAAGGUGGACGUGAUAUCGGGCGCGACAGUGCCGCUCGCGG